AUGUUCACUGUUGUAAAGAAUAAACAGAAUGCAUUUUACGUGAUACGUAAAAUAUGGCUAAGUGAAGUAGAUGAGGAAGGAAAAAUUUAUGCAUAUUAUCCUGCUCCAGCCAAAAUGAAUAAGUACCUUGAAAAAGGUACUAGCGUUAAGAAAAAUUGGAAGCACGAAGAGAUUUUUGUUCAAUUGAAUGACAUUCAAGAUUUAAAAGAAGCUAACGAUUUCAUUGAGAAAAAAAUUCAAUUUUUAAAUUCCGAUGUAGAGGAAAAACAGCAAAACAAGAAGAUUAAAUUGAACGAUACUGAAUCAUUAGAGGAAUAUGACUUCAAUGAAGGAUUUGACGAGGAAGCUCUUGAUGAAACCUUAUUAAGCCAAGUUGUCCCUAAUUCAAUUAAUCAAUCAAGUAUAAUUGACAAUGAUGAUGUAUUCUCGGAAACACCAUUUCGAUUCGAUUCGUUUUCGCCAAGACAAGUCCAGCAUACACAACAAGGAAACAUGGUUUUGGUAUCAAAGGAAUCACUGGAUUACUUGAUAAAUGAAAUUCAAAAUAUAAAGAUUACUCAACAGCAUCAAGUGAAUUUGAUGACUAAUUUUAUGGAAAUGGUGCGAGAUGAAUUCAAAUCACUUAAAAAUGAUUUGGCUGCACAAAGAAAUGAUUCCUUAGACAUUACAUAUAAACCGCCAAUCAUAUCAACGACUGAAGAAUUAAAUGAAAUGGAGGAAAAACUUGGAUUGAUGAACGAAUCAUUCUUAAAUGAUUACAAAGCCAUGUUUAAUUUCUACACAGCUUCAGUAGUAAGUCCAAAUAAAAAUUUCACUGUACAAAAUGGUCUUGUCCAUAGUUUUUUGAAGAUGUACUUGGAUAUAAAUUUUGCCAAAUCAUUAAUUUGGGCUUCAGUUAAAUUGACAGUGGGUUUCGAUAAAUAUAAAAACCACAUCCGCUUUAUUUUUCUUAUCUGCAAUAAGAUUUUAAAAAAUAUGAACGAAAAGCCAUUUGUUAGCACGAUCGAGACUGAAAGCUCCAUUCAAAAGUUUUUCAAAUCCAUUCAUGCUACUCCAAGAAAUAAGAAACUGAACACAUUAGAUAACGAAAGUCAGGGAACGCAAUAA